AUGGGGAAAUCUAUUUAUGAAAUUGUACAUCAUUUUCCAGAAUGUAGAACGAAGUUAGACGAAAGCCCGAAACAAAUUACUCCUUCUUCACAUCCAGGUAUCUGGGAAAUGUUAUGUAUUCUUAAUGCUAAUAACAGUAAAUUAAGUCAUUUAAAAGUUCAUGAACGCGAACCAAAAGAUAUAUGUAACCAAGUAAUGGAGUAUUUAGGUUCUGUAAAUUCGGCUAAGCCUACUGAUAUAGGUUUAAAAGAAUCCGGUUGUGAAUAUCUUUAUUAUUGGUUAUAUGAACUACUACAUCAUAAAUAUAACACAUUUUUAACUGUCCGUGUCGAUGAAGUUUAUAAUGAAUUACUUUCAUUAUUUACUAACCGUUUAAAAAUAAUUCAUGGUAGUCAGAUAAACAUAUACAAAUGUCUUGAGGAUCCGAUUAAAAAAAUUGAUUUUCCAAAAAUCAGAGAUAUAUAUGAUAUGUACAAUAAAAUAAUUAAACACUUAUCUAGUAAUGAUGAUAUUUUUAAAGAUGUGGUAGAUAUGAUGAAAAAACACAAUAAUCAAUUGGAAACUCUGUAUGAUAAAAUUAGUAAAACACCAACAUCAACCCCUUACCAAAGAAACAUUACAGCUCCUAUUAUGAUAACAAUUUUAGGAACACUAUUAAUAUGUAUUUUUAUAUUUGUUCUGCUUAAGUUCUCAGAAUGUGGUUUAUUGAUACGACGUGCUAUAGCAUGGAAAAGAAAACUUUGGGAUAACAUAGGUGAAGAAAGAAAUAUAUACCAAGAUCCUGAAAUAUCUAAUAGUUUGUUAAGAGAUAGUAGGUAUAAUAUAUCAUACAAUUAUCCAUAA